AUGAUGAAUUUGCCACAAAUAAUUACAACUUUAGUUUUAGUUUUCCAUUUGGUUUUAGUUACAUGUGAGACUGAUGAUUGUGGCCAUGACCUGAGCACACCAACUGGUUUGGACAAAUUUAUUGAUUUCAAAUUUUUGGGACGAGUUCUUCGAAAUAUGGUCCCUUUCUUAAGCCCCGAAGUCAAGAUGAAGUUCUAUUUAUACAAAAGAGCCUUUCCAACUUGUGGACAAGAGAUCCGAUUGGACGAUGACUCCCUUGAAAGAUCAAGCUUUAAUGCUUCACAUCAAACAAGAAUAAUUAUUCACGGUUGGAUGAGUCAAAGCAAGAACUCACUUAAUCGUGACAUAAAGGAUGCUUACCUCAGCGUUGGCGACUUCAAUGUGAUCAUAGUUGACUGGAGUGUGAUCUCAAGCACGCUGAAUUACUUCAGAGUCGUGAAAUUGAUUGAAAACUUUGGCAGAAUCGUGGCAAACUUUGCAAAUCAUCUGCAUUCCACAUUGGGUGUGGAUUAUGAUGACAUCUAUUUGAUUGGUCAUAGUCUUGGGGCACAAAUUGCUGGCAGUGCUGGGAAACAAAUUAGACCAGCUCAGUUUAAUACGAUAUUUGCUCUUGAUCCAGCUGGUCCAGCAUUUAGAUUUAAGGGAAUGGAUUGUCGAAUUGAUCCAACAGAUGCCAAGUAUGUGGAGUCCAUUCAAACGAGUGUGAAUUUGGGACAGAUUCAACCUAUGGGACAUGCUUCAUUUUUCCCUAAUAAAGGUAUUUAUCAAAAAUGCCUUGGAUAUGGUUGUUCACAUAGUCGAGCUUAUGAGUUCUUUGCGGAGUCAAUAACUAGUACGAGAGGAUUCUGGGGUUCAUUGUGUGAUAAGAAGGAGAGGAAGUGGAGUUGCCCGGAGGAGGGCAAACAGUACAAAAUGGGUGGCGAGCCAUCACAACCAAAGACUGGUACUUUUUAUGUUAGAACUAAGGCAACGUCUCCUUAUGCGUUAGGGAGGUAUCAUAAAUAUUUGUAUGCUUAA